CCAAUAACCGAUGAACCACUAAACAAAUUUCAUCGCCAAUUGGUUAUCACUAUCGUAGGUGACGUAAAAAAGCGUCCCGCGGUUUCGAAGCCCUUCGACACACAUACCCGUAUUUCGGUGCAAGUAACGGAAUCAAAUUUAGAAACCGAUAUUAUAAACGUAAUAAAGGAGUUCGUGAACCCAAAAAUUAAAACAGGAAUUCUAAUCAACCCCCCGUUAGGACUUUAUUCAAUUAUACCUAUCAUACAGAAUAACUUUAAAAGCUCCGCGAUGAACCUCGUACUUGCCAAAAGCGAACUUGAAAACGUUAAACCUUACCUUAGGCAACAAGAAACAAUUAAACACUAUCACGAGGGCAAGACCAACCAUAGAGGCAUUAAUGAGUGUUAUUUGUCUCUUUCGAAAAAAUACUACUGGCCAAAAAUGAAAGAACAAAUAACAAAAUUCAUUAAUGAAUGUAUUGUGUGUGGUCAAGGUAAAUACGACCGUAAUCCUAUCCAACCAAGAUUUAACGUUGUUCCGCCUCCAACCAAGCCUCUAGAAAUAGUUCAUAUGGACUUGUUCACAGUAGAUAGCGAAAAAUAAGUUACGUUCGUCGACGUAUUCUCCAAGUACGGUCAAGCCUAUCAUUUACACGACGGUACAGCCAUCAGCGUUUUACGGGCCUUACUAAAAUAUUGCACGCACCAUGGUUUACCCUUAACCAUAGUAACUGAUAACGGCACUGAAUUCACCAACCAACUAUUUUCCGAAUUUUUAAGAAUGCACGAUAUUAACCACCAUAAAAUACUUCCCCAUUCACCAAACGACAAUGGAAAUGUAGAACGUUUCUAUUCAACUCUGCUCGAACAUCUUCGAUUACUGAAAAUUCAGCGUAAAGACGAGCCAGCUGUAAACCUAGUACCAUAUGCGAUUAUCGCUUACAAUAGUUCGGUGCACAGUUUCACGAAAUGCAGGCCCUUCGAUAUAAUAACAGGUCACUUUGACCCCAGAGACCCGGUAGGUGUAGACCUUACCCAGCAUCUACUUCAACAGUAUACUCAAAAUCAUAGAGAACAAAUGAAAUUAGUUUAUGAAAUUAUAAACCAGUCUGCCUUACAUGAUCGCACAGUUUUAAUUGAGAAUAGAAAUAAGGAUAGAGAACCCGAAAUUCAGUAUGAACCACAACAGCAAAUUUUCAUAAAAAACCCGCUUGCUAGCCGACAAAAAUUAGCACCCAGAUACACUAACGAUAUCGUUCUAGCUAACCUACCUAUACAUAUUUAUACUUCACGAAAACGUGGUCCCGUUGCCAAAGCUCGCAUUAAGCGUGUCCCUAAUAGCGCUAAAUUGUUACAGAAUUCCGUUGGUGAUAAUGGUGCAUCUUGCUCAAACACAGGAGAUAAGACUUAACGAUGGUCCUGGCCUCCUUCCUUAUAAAUUAGGUAGAACUCGUCUAGUGUCACAUUACCAUAGCUUUUUACAGUAUAUUCGCAUCAAUAAUAUAGAAGACAAAAUUAUUGCAGUGAGACAGCAGUUAUCUGACUUUGAAUUAAGAUUAAAUAAUGAUACGUUUUCCCUAUAUUCUCUUCAAAUUAACUAUUUAUCUCAUAAAAUCAAUAGAGUUUUAAAUCAUUUAAAAGGACUCGAACCUAGUCGGGCCAAGAGAGGUUUAAUUGAUGGCUUAGGAUCUGCUAUUAAAAGCUUAACAGGAAAUCUAGAUUAUCAGGAUGCUAUUAAAUUUGAUAAUGCAAUAAAAAAUCUCGAAAAUAACCAAGUUAAAAUUAUAUCGGAAUUUAACUCGCACAUAAGUCUCAACAAGGAAUGGAUGACGCAACAUAACAGCGUCAUAGACCAGUUAGUUAGAAAUCAGCAAUCGAUUAAUGCUACGUUAGAACUUUUGUUGAAUAGCACUGCUUAUAAAGAAAAUAGUUUAAUAAAAUAUGCUCAUUUCGCUCAGCUUCUGACCAUCAUAACAGAAAACGUCAAUGAUUUGUUGGGAGAAUUAGUUAGAAUAGAAAACAUGCUAGCUCUUGUGCGUGCCCUAAGCACGCAUCAUUCAAUGAUAGAUAUCGAUAGUUUAAGGUUAAUGAUAGAAAGGGUAAGAAUGAUAUAUGGGGAUGAUAGAAUAUUAAAUUUAGAUUUACGCGACUAUUAUAGUAUCAUAAAACCAGGCUCAUAUUACGUCGAAAAGCAGAUAGUUAUAGUUUUUAAAGUUCCCAUAGUUAGUGCGAACGUAUUCGAUCUGUAUAAACUUUCGAUAGCCCCGAAUAGGUAUAACAAGAUCCUUAUUCCACCCCUUCCUUUCCUAGCAACCAAUAGGGAAGCGUAUGCGUAUAUGGAGGCUGAAUGCCCGAAGGUAGACCAGCAGUACCUCUGCGAAGACGAUGCCAUUAACAGAGUCAAGAAUCAUCACGACUGCACACGAGACCUCGUCACAAACCACGCCCUAGGAGAUGACUGCAACCUGACCACUAUAACAUUGGAAAAGGAAGCCAUGGAGCAACUGGACGCCGGGAACUAUGUUGUCACAUUCCCUCGCACUACAACAAUCUAUCUACGAUGCGGAAGAGAAGAAUACAAGCAGCUUCAAGGAAGUUAUUUGGUAACCAUACCCUUAAAUUGCACAUUGAUGACGUCAGAAUUUACAAUAGUUAACGAGAACAACCAAGUAUCCGGACAGCCACUAAUAAUUACCGAUAUCCCACGUAACUUCAAAGAAGAAACCACACCUCAACACAGAAUCUCGCUGCAAUCCAUCGACCUGAGAAAACUACAUGAAGCCUACAGUCAAGUCAUGAGAGAGCCGAUAAUGGUACAAGACACCAUAGCUAGCAACACUCUGUACCACACAACUAUUCCCGUUUAUGUAAUGAUAAUUGGCUCACUUAUCAUAACAGCCAUUGUAAUGAUCUGUCGACGUUUCAAUCUGUGGAGACGCAGUAAGCCGCAACAGCAGAGCAGCCAGCUGCCAGCACCUGGAAAGCAUUCCUAUGAAGAUCCUAAAAACGCAAAAGCAUAUCCAGCAACAUUUUCCCUCAAAGUUGGAAAAUAGUCGCUGAACUGUGGGGGGAGGAAUUACGUAGUUCUAUUACACUAAAAUCGCCAAGUAUGUAAAACCUACUUAAAGACGAACACGACGGAGCCGCGUGUCACGAGACGCCGAGUCAGCAGGCGCCGACAACCCGACGCCCGUGGAAGUGAGCACCGGAUUUCGUCAUUCUUCGGUCACACUUCGACCUAGCUAAUCAUUUUAAUUUAGUUAUAGAAUUAAUGUAACCUUUCUUUUAUUAAAUUUAUAUUUU